AUGUUUGUUGUUGGUGUCGGAGGUGCGUCUGGAACAGGUUUCCCGAGAAGACUGCUGUCCGGUUGCGUCCUGCUGCUGACGCUCCUGGUAUUACUUCACUCCAGGUCGGGCGAUGCUCUCGAGCGCACGCUUUCCAUACUAGAAGCAUGCCGUUUUACCCAGGAGACUACAGGAAUCACCUCCUACGCGAAGCUACGCGUCCUUGACAGGUUCCGGUCACGUGACGGUCUUGAAACGCUGGUCUUGAGCGCUCGCGGGCCCCUGGACCGGCGCACUGUAGAGCAAGCAGCAGCGACGUGGUGUGCGCCCGGUGGCGUUCUCCCGCCACGCCUAGACCCGCAAAACGAAGUGCUCAUUCUGCAGUGCAAACCAGACGCCGAUGCUUUCGAAGGAACUGCUCCAAACGAGCAGUUACAUCUCGCUGCCUGGACGAUGCUGCGGUUGCGCCCUGAGUCUCAGGAGAACCGUCGGCCGAACAACGUAGAACGCUCCGUUUCGCAGAGCCUCCUCCUGUCGUGGAUCAUACACCAUACAAGGGUCGGCAUUCGGAAUUUUUUCAUCUAUCUCAAUGAGCCGGAUGCCUGUGGUUCCAGAAUAAUGGAGCUUAGGGAUGAAUUGACGGAGCGACUCGCCGAUGUGCCUGCGAAUGUAUCGAUCAUAGCGUGGCCAUUUCGUCCACCAAAGGGCGUGCACUGGAAUCAUGUUCAGAUUGCAGCCAUGAACGAUUGUUUGUGGCGGAAUCGCGGCAUAUUCAAAUGGAUUCUUUUCGCAGAUGUGGACGAGUACAUCGUUCCGAGCGAAAAUGCGCUGCGCUCUAAUCCGGAAAGCCCGGUACUGCAUGUGCUGGAUGACAUUGAAAGACAACUACCGAUUAACCUGUGCAGUGUUCGAGUGCCUUGCUGGUGGCGUUACGACGUUAUUGAACCGGCUCUGAACUGGAGCGAAGCCUCUCAGACGUCGCUCCGGAGGCCAUGGCUAGGUGCUGCCGCUCCCGUUGAUCGCGUUUGCAAACCGCACCUGAACCGUGAAAAGUGCUUCGUACGUACUGACCAGGUGUACUACACAGCUGUUCAUGCUGUUGCUGAAGCGUAUGGACCAAAUUGUGUGCAGGUAUGGCCGGACGUGCACCAGCACUUGCGACUGGAGCAUCGGCGCUCACCGCGAGCUUUUGACGAUUACUCGCCUGCUGAAGUACUCUACGCGACCUAG